AUGAGCGACCUAGAGCGUCCUGCCGCCCACAUCGACGACUCUUCCUCGUCGGUUGAGAAGAAGCAUCUCGACCACGACGUCGUCGCCAACUAUGAGGUCGAUAUCGCUGCACAGCUCGCCUCGGGCAACGAUUUCGUCCUCGAUCCGGUGGAGGCCAAGAGGGUUCGGCGAAAAAUUGACUUGUAUUUACUGCCUCUCAUGUGCAUAAUGUACCUGAUGCAAUUCGCGGACAAGACAACACUUGGCCAGUCUGCUGUCCUCGGUCUGCUCGACUCUCCGAAUGCCUUCCUGACGCAGAACCAAUUCAAUUGGCUCGGGACCAUCUUCUACCUGUUCUACCUCGGCUUCGAGUUCCCUCAGAACUACGCUCUCCAACGCUUCCCGGUCGGUAAAUGGGUUAGCGUUAAUAUCCUGAUCUGGUCCAUUGCACUACUGUGUCAUGCGGCAGCGAAGAGCUUUGGGGCACUGUUCGCGUGUCGUGUCUUCCUCGGUAUAUGUGAGGGUGCGAUCACACCUGGGUUCAUGAUUGUCACCUCCAUGUUCUACACACGCCAGGAGCAGACGUUGCGUGUGGGUUAUUGGUUCCUUAUGAACGGUGCUGCAAUCAUCGCGCUUGGGCUUAUUGCGUACGGGACCCUUCACAUCCAAUCGAGCGUUCUCGAACCGUGGCAGUGGCUGAUGCUCAUUUUUGGGAUCAUCACAUUCGUUGUUGCGAUCCUGUUCUGGUUCAUGUUCCCAGAUUCUCCCGCUAACGCGUGGUUCCUCACCCCGGAAGAAAAGAUGAUCGUAGUCGAGCGUAUCAAGGUAAAUCAGGCUGGUGCAGAGAACAAGCGGUUCAAGAAGGAUCAGAUGAUCGAGUGCCUCAAGGACCCCAAGACCUGGCUAAUUUUUUUCUUUGCUGCCAUUUCGAAUGUCACGAACUCGCUCAGCAACCAGAGACAAAUCAUCGUCUCCGAGUUCGGGUUCACCGAUCUCCAGACUACGCUGCUCGGAUGUGUCGACGGUGUCGUUGAGAUCAUUGUAAUUUUUUGCACAACGAUGUCCGCUACGUACUGGCCUAAUGGCCGUGCAUACUCGGCUGCACUUGCUUAUGCCGUGGCGAUCCUCGGCUCUAUCCUCGUGAAUGCGCUGCCAUCGUCGGACAGGGUCGGGCUACUAUUUUCGUACUGGAUUUCGAGUGCGUAUCGUUUUUCCCUGACGCGUCUGCUGUCUCGCGACGGGCGGUCUUCCAAUGUCGAUGCCGUACUGAUGAAUGUUGCCCUGUCUUGUCUAGUCACGAUGAUCGCGCCGUUUGUCGUUGUUCUGGCAUGGGUCGGGUCGCUUACAGCAGGACACACGAAGCGCGUAACGAUGAACGCCAUGGUCAUGGUCGGAUAUGCUAUUGGUAAUGCCGUCGGGCCGCAGUACUGGCUAGCGAAAUAUCAGCCUCGGAACCAUGUCCCAUGGGCGAUCCUUACUGCAUGCUGGGCCACCUGUCUCGUGCUGCUGCUGGUCACUCGAUGGGUGCUCGUACGGGAGAACGUGCGGCGCGACGCGGAGCCACACGACCCGACGUAUGAUGAGGUGUACGUGACGGAUGAGAAGACGGGCGAGGAGAAGAAAGUUGAUAAGGCCUUCUUGGACCUAACAGAUAUCCAAAACCGGGACUUUAGGCCGAAGGUGUUCUCUGCAGCAAAGCAGGAACCACAAGCGGAAGCUCAGCGAGCACGCACCAAGGCCCCAGAAAACACCAUCCUCGAUCGUCAAAUCUUCAAAGUCAGUACCCUCAGCAAAAAUACAGAGUCAAAGGCGAAAGAGUGGAGAGAUGCGUGGCGGCAGGUUGAAGGCGGCGUGGCGGUGUGA